CUUCGCCAGCAGCAACAACAUCGAACUGCUCGUCCUUGGAACCGAAUCCACCGCCCCCAUCCACGAACUGCCUCUCACUCUCUCAACCCGCCGAAAGUUGACUGUGUCCUGCGGCUCAUGACGCGAAGCGCUCGUGGUAAUGCCUAACGCGAAGCGGCAGAAGGGCGGCAGUGGCGCGGCCAAGACGAGAAAGACCCAAGAACCGGUCCAAGAUCUUAAGGACGGCCGCCCGACGCCUGCUGAGGUCGAGGAGGAGGAACAUCAGUUCGUGCAGCUAGCGCGCAAGUAUUGGCUAAAGUCUGGCCGGACGGCAGCGAAGCCCAAGGUCAAGAAUGAUGUACUCAAGCAGGGAAUCUGGGAUGUUUUGGAGCGCGAAGGGUUCCAGCACAAGUCGCUCGUGCUUCUCGAGAGCCUGCAAACGCUGGAAAGCUACCUAUGGCCUGGCUAUACCGAGGAGUCCUCAAAUUACCAUGUCCUUUUGAUGGCCCUCAUCGUCAAUGUGAAAAGGCGCGAGCACCUGGAAACAUGGAGCAUAUUUGACGACAGACCAGAGAGCUUCUCAUCCAUGUUCCGACGAAUCCUAUCGCUGAUGCUCGACCGCACCUUGUCUGCGACCGUCCGAACACACCUGCUCUGUUUCCUCAUAUUUGCCUUUCAAAAUUUGGAUUGUGCAAUUGUGAGGAAAGAAUGUGCUCCUUUGGUCUCAAUCGGCAUCUGGCAGAAUCUGUCAAGCGAGAACGAGAGAGAGGCGCAUCUAGAUCAGGCCGCACACUUGAGAAAGGCUUGGCGCGCAUCUCUGAAGCGGUACGAGGCGGCUGACGAGCCGACAAAAGCUCGUCUGCGCUUCGAGAGAUCGUGGCUAUAUUCUCUGCUUCUCGACUUUCUGGCCCUGUUGUUCGAUGGUAACAGCAAGUCUGACGCUGCACUUUACUGCGAACGAUUCGUUGAAUUUAUCUCGGACUUGCAGAGCCAACUACCAACAAGGCGCUAUGUCAACGCUCUACUCCAAGACCUGCAUCUUCUACCAGUCAUGAAGCUGUCCCCCAUGUACAAUGAUGAGAGCAACGCGCUUCUUAGGGACCUUCACGAUCUGUUAUCCCACUAUACGUACUUCACAAUCGACGAUCAAACAGGCACUCAGCUUGGACGUACAGAAGCGUACGACAGGCAUUGUGCAGCUUUGGGCAAGCUGCAGCGCGUAGCCCUCAAGCAUUUCAAGGAAAAAUUGACGGUCUUGGCUCUCUCUAACUAUGGCGCAAUAGACCAACGAGACGAGCUAGAGGCGUUACUGGCACCUCUGACCGACGAAGAGUUGGCAGAACUCGCGGCUUUGCUGGGAGCUCGGAUUAGCUAUCCUGACAGCUUCAAGGUGCCUAUUGACCGCAAGUUCCUGCUUGAGAUUCUUAUUGGGAAAUUCGAGCGUAGGAAGACGUUUCAGGAGGUGGCCAAGGACAUGGCAUUAGUGCCGACUGAGAAGACGCUGUUCGAUGCCGGCUUCCAGCGAGCUGAUACCUACGACGGCUCACACCCAUUGGCUCUGCCGAAAUUGAACCUGCAAUACCUGUCUGCCGGGGACUUUCUGUGGCGCGCAUUGGUAUUGUACCGAUUGGAGUCGUAUUAUGGGAUCCGCAAAGACAUCGAGUCUGCUCUACGACGCCUUCGACCGGAACUACGACAGCCUGGAGAGACACACUUUGCCGGAUUCUCGAAGAUGGCCAUGCCGAUAUCGAAGCCCAUGGUACUCGAAGUUGUUCCGCCUCUGGUGGGCGACGAGCAUCCGUCAUUGGUAAAAGCUGAGGUAGUAGUGGAUGUCCGGCGGCUGGGGGACAAUGUCCGUCGUGAAUGGGACUCAUUACGGACCGACGAUGUCGUCUUUUUGCUUGCCGUCGAGCCGCCGCCAGCCAAAACCGUCGCGAACGGCGGAGACAUCCAGGCUGAGUACGAGAAGCUCGGUAUCCUGUCUGUCAGAGCUGCUGAAAUUGUGCAAAUCACGGAUGACAGAGGCCGCCAUGCUAGGGAGGGGGCUGGAAACUUGGAUGGCAAGCGACGAAUACAACUCAAGCUGGACUCGCGGACCUACAACAGAGAUGCCGAACGGGCAGCAGCUGGAAAGCCGGAUGUAUACGGGCGCACCAACCUGCUCCUCCGAAGAAAUCGCAGAGAGAACAACUUCAAGCCCGUCUUGGAGUCGAUUCGAAACUUGGUCUUGUCGGGCGCCCCUGUUCCGUCGUGGCUGCAUGAGGUUUUCUUGGGCUACGGCGAUCCAGCAGGAGCCAACCACAGGAAUUUACCCCACCGUAUCAAGAAGCUUGACCACCGCGACACCUUUCUUGACUGGCAGCAUCUCGUGGAAAGCCUUCCUGGAAAGAUCAUAGAGCCUAGCGACGACGUGUCCAGCAGCUUUGGCCCCCCGUACGUUCUUGAGGAAGUAUCGAAUCCAAUAGAGGCGCAAGCAGGCAAACCAUCCAAGAAACGACGGAGAGAUGCUGAACCGACUCUCAAAGCAGAGGUUGAAACACUUAAAGUUUCCACAUACGAGCCAUCGAAUAAUGGCCCAUAUCCCAUCGAUACACCGAAGCUGAACACGGUUCGUUUUACGCCAGCCCAGGUCGAAGCGAUCAUGUCUGGGACUCAGCCCGGACUUACGGUCAUCGUCGGCCCCCCCGGGACAGGAAAGACGGAUGUGGCGACACAGAUUAUCAACAACAUCUACCACAAUUUCCCAGAGCAAAAGACGCUGCUUAUUGCCCACAGCAACCAGGCGUUGAACCAAUUGUUUGCCAAAAUUGUCGCACUCGACAUCGAUGAGAGACACUUGCUCCGUUUGGGUCACGGCGAGGAGGAUCUUGCCACAGAUGGCAGCUUCAGCAAGCAUGGACGUGUUGAGUCCUUCUUGGACAACCGCCAGCGGUUCUUGGCCGAAGUAAAGAAGCUGGCUUUGAGCCUUGGAGCCCCCGGCGCCCACGACAACUCGGCCGAGACUGCAGGUUACUUCAACAAGGUGUAUGUGCAGCCAGCGUGGACCGGAUUCUUGCAAACGGCAGAGUCCGAAGACUCGACGGCUCAAGAUAUCCUGCAAAGCUUUCCGUUUUAUGGGUAUUUCGCGGAUGCUCCGCAGCCAUUGUUUCCCACAGAGGCGGAUAAAGCUCAGGCUUUGGAGAUUGCGAAUGGUUGUUAUCGGCACAUUGCGAGGAUUUUCUCGGAGCUGGAAGAUAUCAUUCCCUUUGAGAUUCUCCGUCGUGAGCGGGACAAGGCCAACUACUUGCUCACCAAUGAGGCCCGCAUCAUCGCCAUGACGACCACACAUGCCGCUAUUCGACGAGGCGAGAUCUCGUCUCUCGGUUUUCACUACGACAACGUCGUGAUGGAGGAGGCUGCACAGAUAACAGAGAUUGAGACAUUCAUGCCUCUGGCGAUGCAGAAGCCUGUCAACGGGCAGAUGCCUCUUCAGAGGGUUGUUCUCUGCGGCGAUCACUUCCAGAACUCCCCUGUCAUCCAGAGCCUGGCCUUCCGCCACUACGCCAACCUGGAGCAGUCGCUCUUCUCGAGACUUGUGCGUCUGGGCGUCCCAACGGUCACACUUGACCAGCAAGGCAGAGCGCGGCCAUCCAUUGCAAAAUUGUACCAGUGGCGAUACCCCAAACUGGAUAGCCUGCCAGAGGUUGAGAAUCAGGCUGUGUUUCAACGGGCCAACGCUGGCUUCAAGUUUGACUAUCAGUUCAUUGAUGUGCCUCCAUACAAGGGCAAGGGAGAGUCGGAGCCGACGCCACACUUCAUUCAAAACCUGGGCGAGGCCGAAUACGCCGUGGCGAUCUAUCAGUAUAUGAGGCUGCUCGGCUAUCCUGCGGAGAAAAUUACGAUCCUGACGACGUAUGCUGGGCAGAGAGCAUUGGUCAGAGAUGUACUGUCUCAUCGAUGCGCGAGGAACCCCAUAUUUGGUCUGCCCAAGGCAGUCGCGACGGUAGACAAAUAUCAGGGUGAGCAGAACGACUAUAUUAUCCUGUCGCUUACACGGACGUCGCGCGUGGGCUACCUUCGGGAUGUGCGCCGCAUGACAGUGGCAGUGUCGCGUGCUAGGCUGGGGCUGUAUGUGUUGGGUCGGCGCGAAGUUUUCGAAGCUUGCCCGGAGCUGCGACCGGCAUUUGACCUCUUAUUAGAGCGGCCAGACAAGCUCAUGCUCGUGACGGGCGAGCUUUGGCCAACCGAGCGGCCCAACGCGGAAGACGGGGCGCCCUUGGACGGAGAGGUCCCCAUGGAGAGUGUGGAGCACCUCGGCCAGUACGUAUUCGAGAUGACCAAGACGAAAUUGAAGCAGCUGCAGGGGGAACAGGGCACCGCCUUCACGGCGGAGCCUACAGCCGCUGCUGCAGAGGAUUCACAGGGCACGUAUUACGAUCAUGACGAGGAGGACGAGCAGGUGCUGGAGCCGGACAUUCUAGAAGUGCGAGAGGGAGACAAGUCAUAGGCGCAGCAGGGUGUUGUGGUUGCUUUGAGCCUUGCAGAAAGGCCAUGUAUUAUUGCUCGUGCGCCUGCUUUGGUACAAGAAGAAUGAUGACGCCAUCGGCGGCCGACUCAUGUUCAAAUAAAGGACGACUCUAUGUAU